AUGUUCUCCUCGUUCUUCUCCACCGCGCCCCCGGCCGAUCCCAAUGCGCCCAACUUCCACCCCAUCUCCUCCUCCACUCCCCCCUCAGAGCUCUUCGGUGAGCUCGAGCCCAAGGACACCGAAUGGGCCUGUCCUGGCGGCUUUGCCGUAGAAACCCAGAUAUUCUACACCUUCCUUGAGGAUGGCAGCUCGCUCAUGUGCCAAGUUAUCCACUCUUCUGUUGGCGUGUGGUACCCCACGAUCCAGUUCACGUGCAAGAUUUUCAACCCGAACUCCAAGGAGAAGACCUGGAAGUCCGUCAACGUGACCAACUUCGUCGCCGGCCCCCCUGGCCACGACAAGCGUUCCUGCAAGGCGGACGAGUUCUCAAUUACCCACAAGGCCGCCCCCUCCGCCGACGUCGCGGAGCAGUAUACCAUCACCGCCAACCUUGACGCCGACCUUCAGAUCACGCUCACCGUUACCCGCACCCCCUACGCCCCCGGCUUCAAGGUCGGCCGCGGGCCCUCCGGCGGCUUCUCGUACUUCGGGCCCGACCCCAAGAACGCGGAGGGCUACGUGAUCCACCGCUUCUGGCCCCGCUACCAAGCGAACGGCAUGCUCGUCCACCGCGGCGCAGCCGUGCCCAUCAACGGCCCCGGGAUGUUCGUGCACGCCAUCCAGGGCAUGCGCCCCAACCUCGUCGCCGCCCGCUGGAACUUCGCGCACUUCCAGUCUCCCGCGCACGGCGGCGUCGCCGCCGUCCAGAUGGAGUUCACCACCAUCGACGCCUACGGCCGCAAGGGCGCCGGCUCCGGCUUCGCGACCGUCAACCUGGGCGGCCUCGUCGUCGGGGGCAAGCUCGCGGCGGUCACCGCGGAGACCAAGUGGCCGGACGAGCCGUACGCGGAGGACGCGACCGUCGUCUCGCGCGCGGUGCACACCAAGAAGGCGCUCGAUCCCGACACCGGCUACGAGGCCCCGACGGAGCUCUUCUUCCGGUGGGCAGGGCCGUCGCUCGUCGCGGGCGCGGCGGGCACGGUCGACGCGUCUGUCACGCUCGACGUCGGCUCUCCAGACUCGUACAAGGGGCUCAUCGAGAAGGUGGAUGUCCUCGCCGAGAUCCCAUACGUCAUCAAGACGAUGGUCAACUACGUCGCGGGCACAAAACCCUACAUCUACCAAUGGAUCAACAACGCCAAGCUUAACUUGAAAGUUCCGGACGGUCUCGUUCCUAGUGUCUCGAAUGAGACGGAGGUGGAGGGAAUCUUUUACAAUGAAGCAACGUUCAUCUCGUAG